AUGACAAUGGACAGCUCGGACUCGACUUCAUUUUCAGUGGCGGGUGAGACAUCGUCAGCUGCACAGGAAAGCAGUCUACCGACUGGCUCCAAGAUCCUGGUCAUCGUCACCUCUUCAAUAGGUGGAGUUAUACUUUUCCUGUUCCUGAUAUACGUGAUACAUCGAAUGCGCAAAGGAGCUGCCCUGGUCGAUGUCCUCAAGCUUCGCCCUCGAGGCCACUCCACACCUUAUAUGGCUCGUCCGGAAGAGUAUCCUAUUUACUUUGAGCAACGGUACUCAGUGCGAUCGUCGAGGUAUCCUUUAUCACUCAAGAGCAAGCACAAGACCAAGAAUCUGCCAGGUCUUCCUGGACCCGUUACCCAGCCAGGAGCGGAGAUGGCCGACAAACCUCCUAGUGUAAUCAUGGAACCACACAUGGCCUACCUGAAAAGUUCGGACAAGAGAUUUCUCAACCGUGCCGGAACCAAGAAGUCUCAAGCAUCGAACGUUCCGAGUAUUUCAGUGCGCAGUGUUGGAGAUGAGCCCUUGUCACCAACUUCGUCAAGUCAUCGACACACACGUUGGAGCUGGACCAACUCGGAGGCUCCGUCAACACCUCGCCUGAAUAUUGAAAGGAAGAGGACGUCAAACGGUUCUCUUGCCCCCAACUACAAACCUGUCGGCUUCGGAAACGAUUAUCAAUUGACCGCUAUUCAAGAAGACAGUCUCUCGCCAGGGUUACCAGUAGUACACGGAAUGCCUAGAAUGGGAGGAGUGCCCGACAAAGCACAAGAACUCCUGGAAACAGGUGGCGCUGGUUACCUUCCUCCAAGAGUACCGUCUAAGUCCAAAUCCUCGGCUCCGUGGAAAUCAGUCUUUCGUGGAUGA